AUGGCAGUAACAAAUGCAGUUUCAUGGCGUUCAGAAGGCAUAAAAUAUCGAAAAAAUGAAGUUUUUUUGGAUGUCAUUGAAUCCGUAAAUUUAUUAGUUAAUGCAAAUGGAAAUGUGCUACGUAGUGAAAUCCUUGGAAUAAUUAAAAUGAAAUGCUAUUUAAGUGGUAUGCCUGAGUUAAGACUUGGACUAAAUGAUAAGGUCAUGUUUGAAAGCACUGGUCGAUCUCCUUCUCGAGGGAAAGCCAUUGAAAUGGAAGAUGUAAAAUUUCAUCAAUGUGUUCGAUUAUCUCGAUUUGAGAAUGAUCGUACUAUUUCAUUUAUACCCCCAGACGCAAUCGUAGAAAGUUAUGCUGGUUCUAGAAUUGAAUAUAUGAUUAAGGCAAAAGCCCAAUUCAAACGGCGUUCGACGGCGAAUAAUGUUGAAAUAUACGUCCCUGUUCCUGAUGAUGCAGAUACACCAAAAUUCAGGAGUAGUAUUGGUUCUGUUCAUUACGCUCCUGAGAAGUCUUGUCUUGUUUGGAAAAUCAAACAAUUCCAGGGUGGUAAAGAAUUUUUAAUGCGUGCUCAUUUCGGACUGCCUUCAGUAAAAAAUGUGGAUGAUCCUGAUAAAAAACCACCAAUUGGCGUCAAAUUUGAAAUACCUUAUUUUACUACAUCUGGGAUUCAAGUUCGCUACCUAAAAAUCGUUGAAAAGAGUGGUUAUCAAGCAUUACCUUGGAUUAUCAAUUACGUUUACCUGAAAGCAUUAAAAAUAACAAGAUGA